GCCACAGAUAUAUAUUAUAUCUGUCUUCUGCAGCAUGGGUGUGAAGGGUCUGUGGAGUGUGUUGAGUUCAGCUGGGGAGAACAUUGGUCUAGAAGACUUGGAUGGUCUAGUACUGGCUCUGGACCUGUCUACAUGGUUGAUCAACAGCUGGCUCAGAACUUUGUUUUACCGCCUGAUAAGUCUGAUAAGAGCCGGGGUGGUGCCGCUGGUGGUGCUGGAUGGUGCCUCGCCUGAGUGGAAGAUGCCUCUCCUGAGUCAACGCCGCUGGAAAAAACUUCUCUACCACACUAGAGGUGUCAGCCUUGCCAAGAAAAAAUCCAAGUUCAGAGAACCAACAGGCAAGAGGAACUACCACGCAGUUAUCGAGAUACUGCAGUGCCUGGGUGUGCCUUACAUGUAUAGCAACGGUGAGGCUGAGAAACUCUGCGUGUGGCUGGAGAGAGAGAAGCUUGUUGAUGGUAUAAUUACUGAGGACAGUGAUGUAUGGCUCUACGGUGCACAUACUGUAUACAGACAACUCUCCACGGCUCCUGGCAGCCAUGGCAUCAGGUAUCGCGGGGAGAAUAUCAGAGAGAAGUUUGGUCUCAAUCAAUACUCCAUGAUAGGCCUUGGCGUUCUGAUUGGCUGCGAUAUGCUUCCAGCUGGUGCAGUGGGAAUUGGCCUCAAGAAGGCACUGAAGCUUGUUCAGGGUGCCGGACUUAGUGAGUUAAAAGACCUGUAUAUACUUCUGCUGCAAUACCUCGGCCAGCGUCCUAGAAAGUUACUGAAGGUGCUCUUGGCAGAGUUCCUUUCUCAUCCUGUCGUCAAAGACUUCGUGUACACUGAACUUCGACCUCCCAAUGUUUCCAAGUUCCUGACGGUCGGUAAGAAGUAUUGGGGUUGGACUGUUAAGAUGUGUCUGUCACGUCUCGCUCCCGUCUUAAUCAGGUGGCAUCUUGACGUGAUUGAUGUACCUAAUAUUGACAUCACUUACUUGUCGUGUUACGAGCCGCAGGACAAGGUGUCGGUCGAGACACUCUCACACCUUCCAUCAGUUGGGCUACAGCUCUCGUCUCUCAACCCAAACAUAAACUGCUCUACCCGAACUCGGCUUCACGUAGCUGCCACCACCGGCUGUGUCCAGGGGCUGGCCACACACCUGGACUUGAUCAGACCUGGUGGAGCUAUCACUGGUCUCUGCUCAGGAUCAGACAGUGAGGGUUGCCAACAGUUCGUCAGGUGUGGGUUCCAACCAGCGUUCUCUGUGGUAGCACAACCAUCCUUCUACAAGCUGCUACCUGCAGGUCGCUACAUCGGCUACGACGCUACCUACCAGACUCACGGAGACGAAUGGAUAGCCAAUUUUACCACCGGCUGGUCUGACGGAAUAAGCCGGCGCUUGAGCAAUGGUGUCGGCUCUGUUAAGAGAGUCAAAACAGGAGAGCUGUGCCCAAUUGUAGGCCGCGUGUCGAUGGACUCUAUCACAGCGCGUCUGCCUGAAGCCCCUGAGGAAGGUGAAGUAUUCCAGGUGAUAACCGAUGACUUCGACGAGGUUACCUCAGCAGUAGGCAUGGCCAGGAACCUGGGAGCUGCUGUAUACGAGAUGCCAGGGAACUGGUCCACUCGCCUGGCACGAGUCUUCUCUACCAGUGGCAAGAUUGUUCAUAUAUCUCAUUCCCUUGACUAUGAAUGUUAAGAAGAGCUUAAAUGAAUUAUAUAUUUGUUUAAUAUGGCUCUAACUUUCAGUUGGACUGUUACUGAAAUGUGUAGUUGCCAGUUUACUAAUUAUACUUAAAAAAGAA